CAGUGCCUUUUGUUUUAAGUGGUCUUCGUCUAGUGCGUGCUCCAAAGUACUGUCACAUUUUAGAACAAAUACCAAAGAAGGAGUUGAGUUAGGUGCCCAGAAGUGUAUGGAGGUGAAGUAACUUGCCCACUGAUUAAUAAAUAUGAUGACCCAAUGUGAGACAUUUUCCUGUUGUAGCCUGGAGCCUAAGGGAAAAUAGUGAUGUUCCUAAAUGAUAACAAAUGAAGUUUAUUGAACAACUGAAGGGCUUUCCCUGUGUGUGCCUCUUUUUAUCUAGGGAAGCUGCCUUUUUGUGCCAUGGGUGUGAGCUCUGUUAUCCAUACAAAGAAUCCUCAUGUUCCAACCACGCACUUCAACUACAGAUACUUUGAAAUUGAAGAACCAGAUGGAAAUAAAGAGUGGUGGUUUGGUGGCGGGAUUGACCUCACUCCAACUUACCUGAAUGAAGAGGACGCCGUUCAUUUUCACAAGACUCUGAAAGAAGCCUGUGACAAGCAUGAUCUGAAGCUGUACCCCAAGUACAAGAAAUGGUGUGAUGACUACUUCUAUAUCAAGCACCGUGGCGAGCGAAGAGGGAUUGGAGGCAUAUUCUUUGAUGAUAUGGACUCCCCCUCCAAGGAGGAGGUGUUCCAGUUUGUAAAGAGUUGUGCCAAAGCUGUUGUGCCUUCUUACAUUCCCAUUGUGAAGAAGCACUGCCAUGACCCCUUCACCCCAGAGGAGAAGCUAUGGCAACAGCUUCGGAGAGGACGAUAUAUAGAGUUCAACUUGGUUUAUGACAGAGGUACUAAGUUUGGCCUCCUGACACCAGGAUCAAGAAUCGAAAGCAUUCUUAUGUCUCUGCCACUGACUGCAAGGUGGGAGUACAUGCACGACCCACCCGAGAACUCCAAAGAAGCAGAAAUCUUGGAGGUUCUGCGGAAUCCCAAAGACUGGGUGCACUGACACGGGUCCUGAAGAAGAUGGAUUGCUUCCACUGAGCUGUUCUGAGCGAACAGGAACGCCUGCAAACCAGCCCAUUCAAACUGCUGUGGCGUGGUGUUUCAGUGUGUCCAUUUAUACUCUUACCUCGUGCCUUAAUUAUGCUGUAGACUUGUUAGAACUUGCAAAUGCGUUAACUCCUUCUUUUAGAUUGAUGGGCUAACAUUGUCACCCGUCAUUGUUGCCUUGUGAAGGACUGGUGAAGGCCUGACAGGGCUACUCUGCAUGCUUUAGAUGACUGCAAAAUGGCAAACUGCUGUGAUAUGUUCAGGGAAAUGAAGGCAUUAUCUGUGCCUAAAUGGCACUGCUUACCCUUAUGGAAUGUUGGGAUGCUUAAAAACUUUUUUAAAAAGAAUAAAGAGAAUU